AUGGAAUCACCACACAACCGAAAAGCGCAGCUGGUGCAAGCGCCGUUUCGUCCUGAAAUCACCGGCCGCAGAUUAGUUUUCCUCGCAGGUACAACAAGCAGGACAUCCGGCCCAGAUUGGCGCGAGACGCUGACCGACGCCAUCUCGCACCUUCCUGUGACCGUGUUCAACCCGCUCAGACCCGACUGGGACAGCUCAUGGAAGGAGGAUGUGACAUUUGCACCGUUCCGGGAGCAGGUGGACUGGGAACUGGACAUGCAGGAGCGUGCGGACAUGGUCGUGGUGUACUUCGGCCCUGCCACGGACGCGCCCAUCAGCCUGUUGGAACUCGGACUGUGUGCGCGAUCCGGGAAGGGCGUUGUGGUGGUCUGUCAUAGGGAUUACAGGAAGCGGGGUAAUGUUGAGAUUGUUUGCCAGCGGUAUGGGAUUGAGUUUUACGAUGCCGGAGAGGAUUUCACUGCGUCUAUCCUCGGGAUGUUGGGGGCUUUGUUGGCUGGAAUGGAUGUGUGA